AUGGAUCGCGCGCGCCACAAGAGCUCGCCCAGCUCCGAGCGCUUCCUCGGCGCAUUCCUCCCCCGCGCGGCCGCCGGCGACCAGCCCGCCUCGGCGGCCUUCGAGCUCGACGAGGACGACCUCUUCGGCUCGGGGGUCGGAUCUCCCGAGCGGCCGCAGCCGCCGCCGCCGCGCCGGCCCCUGCUCAUGUCCUCCGUCCGCGCCGCAAACCCUAGCCCCCGCCUCCGCCGCCCGCCGGGGGGCAUCCUCGAGGCCCUCCCCGAGCGCCUCGGGCCUCUCUCGCCGCCCCCGUCUGCUUCGUCCGCCUCGACGUCCCCCGCGUCUCCGGCGAUGGCCCUUCCGCGCAUGAUCCCCGCCAUCCCCCGCCCGGCGCCGACGCCGGCGAUGCAAAUGCCGCAGUCCGCGCCGGUGAAUGUCCCGGUAGCGCGGCUGCGGCGACCGCCGUUCGAGACGUUCGUGAGUGAACCGGAUGAGGAGGAGGACGACGACGAGAUGCUGCCGCCGCACGAGAUGGUGGCGCGCUCGCGGGCGCGGGAGUCGCCCAUGACGACCUUCUCGGUGCUGGAGGGCGCUGGACGCACCCUCAAGGGGAGGGACCUCCGCCAGGUACGCAAUGCCGUGUGGCGGAAGACCGGCCUGCUCGAUUGA